AUGUUGCCUUCCGUCGAGCGAAACGCCCGCCAGUGCGUCGAAGAACUGUUUCAUUUCAUCACAAUUCAAGGAGAUGGCGAUUACAUCGGUGAGAAGGUUUCUCAGCUAGAGCACUCGCUCCAGGCGGCUCAACUUGCUGUGGAAGCGGGCGCGGACGACGACACCGUGCUGGGAGCCCUCCUUCAUGACGUCGGCCGUUUCAUCCCGGCCGCGGAGAAUAUGCCGGCCAUGAUCGCUCCAAAUGGAGUGUAUGUUGGCCGCGAGAGCCAUGAGAUUCUUGGCGAGAAAUACCUUCGCCAACUCGGAUUCAGCGAGUCGAUCUGCCAGCUGGUCGGGGCUCACGUUAUGGCGAAAAGGUACCUAACGGCCGUGGAUAAAGGGUACUAUGACGGUUUGAGUCAGUCCAGCAAGACGACAUUGAAGUUUCAGGGCGGCAUCUUCACCGAGGAGCAAGUCCGUGAGGCGGAGAAGGACCCUCUUCUCAGCGCGAAACUCGCAGUUCGCCGGUGGGAUGAUUUGGCCAAAGUGCCCAACAUGGAAACCCUUCCGCUCCGGUACUAUGAACGAAUGGCGAUUAACAGCCUUCUCAACUCCCGAUCCGUAAUUGAGGUGAACGGAAGAAGGUACAACCUUCCCCGACGACCGACAGCGGUGAUUUGCAUCGACGGUUUCGACCCGGAAUAUCUCGAAAGAGGGAUUUCUGACGGCAUAAUUCCUCACAUGGCCUCAUUCGUACGAUCCGGCUUCUCGACUACAGCAACAUGUGCCAUGCCAUCGUUCACCAACCCCAAUAACGUUUCCAUCAUAUCCGGGGCGCCCACAUCCGUCCACGGUAUCGCCGGCAAUUUCUUCCUCGAUCGAUCCACCCGGCGAGAGCAGAUGAUCGUCGACGACAAGUUGCUGCGAGGUACGACAAUCUUGGAACAAAUGGCCAAUCGAGGCGUCAGGGUCGCGGCCAUAACGGCCAAGGACAAAUUGCUAGCUAUCAUCAACCACGGCCUAGAUUGUUCCAAGGGCGCAAUUUGUUUCUCGGCACAGUGUGCGAAUAAAUGUACAGUUGCUGACCAUGGCAUUUCAGAGGUUGAAGAAUGGCUUGGCCUUCCAACGCCGGAGCAAUACUCCGGAGACUUGUCGUUGUUCGUUCUGAAGGCAGGGGCAAAACUUCUGGAGGAGGACAGGGCCGACUUGCUGUAUUUGACCUUGUCCGAUUACGUGCAACACAAAUAUGCACCUGGAAGCAAAGAGUCGAACGAGUUUAUGUCAGCCAUUGAUCAGUGCAUUGGACGAUUGGUGGAAUUAGGGGCCACCGUUGCUGUCACCGGUGACCACGGAAUGAGUGACAAGUCGAAAAGUGAUGGUUCUCCCAACCUUCUAUUUCUUGAGGAAGAACUCAACCGGGAGUUUGGCCAGGGCUUUGCCAGAAUCAUCUGCCCUAUCAUUGACCCCUUUGUCCGACACCACGGUGCGCUGGGCUCCUUUGUGCGGAUUUAUUUGAACCGAGAAGGUGUCAGCAUCGAAGAUGUUCUUCAAUACUGUCGGUCAUUCCCCCAGAUCGAGUUGGCCGUUGAUGGAAAGACCGCCGCCGAGAAAUUUCAGAUGCCUCUUGAUCGUGAAGGAGACAUCGUCGCUAUUGCCAAAAAGGAUGCCGUUCUCGGAAGUCGAAAGGAAGAGCACGAUCUGACCAACCUGAGAGAUCAUCGACUUCGCUCUCACGGAGGCCUUUCAGAGCAACACAUCCCCCUUCUGCGAUCUCUGCCGGUGACAGAUCCCGCGGGUGAUCGGGAGUGGAGGAAUUUCGAUGCCUUUGACCUGGCGUUGAAUUUUUGA